GUCAGUCUUCACUGCUCCAUCCUCAGUCGAUCAUCAUCAUGCUGUCCAACGUGAGCAUUUCUCUGGCGGGCUACGUUCAAUCCCAUCCCGGCUUACGACUGAUUGAGAAUCGAAAUUGCAUAAUUCGACGGGCCAGUGAUUUGUCAGUAAACGGAAAAGUAAAACUUCUUUCCGGGGGAGGCAGCGGCCAUGAACCAGCCCACAUCGGAUACGUUGGCCACGGAAUGUUGGAUGGCGCAAUUUGUGGCGAUGUAUUUUGCUCCCCAUCGGCCGCGGCGAUCGUUGAUUGUUUGAGGGCGGUGGCUCCGGAUCCUGAUGAACCCGUUCUGUUUAUAGUGAACAAUUAUACCGGUGAUCGGUUGAACUUUGGCCUUGCGUUGGAAAUGGCUCGGACUGUAUAUGGAUACCGUCAAUUGCGUAUGCUGCUAAAUGAUGACGAUUGCUCGAUUAGCGAUGAUCUAGUCAGGAAAUCUGUAGGAAAGCGCGGGUUGGCAGGAAAGAUCCUGCUGAUAAAAAUGUUGGGGUCAAUGGCCGAGCUGGGUGGCAGGUUGGAUGAAAUCUACGAAUUUGGAGACAAGUUAUUAAGGAAUAACCACCUAAGAACUUUUGGUUUUACCUUUGAAUCCGUCGAUGGAAAGUUACGCAAUAUAGAGCUGGGCAAAGGUCUACAUGGAGAACCAGGUGUAUACACUAUGGCGGAAUGUGAUGAUUUCAAACCGAUCGUACUAUUCACCUUGGAGAAGUUGAAGAAGAAAGUUAAGCCUAACAGUAAAGUGAUUGUAUUAGUGAACAAUUUGGGUGGCACGUCUGAGUUUUUAGUAGGUGUUUUUCUAAAAACAUUGCUUGACUCCAUGAAAUCGAUGUACGAUGUUCAAAGAAUCUACACAGGAACGUUCUUUUCUUCGCUCGACCAAACCGGCCUUUCCGUUACGUUGCUGAACCAGGAAUACUCUGAACAUAUUUUAUCGUAUCUGGACUAUAGAGUUGAAGUGGCGUCAAAAAAUUUUGGGAAUUCGAAUUUCGGUCUCCCAAAUUCUGAAGUGAUAACUUCCUAUGAUGAUAGCAACGACUCUAAAUUUUUAAACUAUCAUUUGAAAUUUCAAUCGGUUCAUGUUAUAAGAAAAGUGAUUGAACGAGUAUGUAAAGUUUUACUUGACAGUCGUGAUCUGCUCAACACAGCUGAUAAAGAAUGUGGCGACGGUGAUACGGGAACCACCCUAGCAAAUGGAGCCGAAGCUAUAUUGAGCAAACUCAACGCCAAACAGUUGAAAUUGCUCCAUCCGGCCAGUUUGCUGCAGGACAUCAGUCAAAUUCUUCAUCGAAGCAUCGGUGGUACGUCCGGUGCCAUGUACAGCCUUUUCUUCCAAGCGGCCUCCAAGGCUUUCGUUGAAGCUGACGCGGAACCGGAAGUCACCAUUCACCACUGGCUGAACGCUUUAAGCUACGGAAAUGCAGCUAUCCAGAACUACGCUCUCACCGAUGUUGGCGAUCGAACAAUGCUAGACCCUUUGAAACAAGCAGAAAUUCAACUUAAACUGGCCGUUGAUAAACUUCUCCAGGUUAAGGAAUGUGUAAAAGUGUUUGCGGAAACAUGUAAAACGGUAGCUCUUGAAACUAUUAACAUGAUUCCGAAAUCGGGUCGAGCUGCCUAUACAGUAGCGGCAGAGAAAAACGUUAGUCGGACGUUCCUGUAUCCGGAUCCUGGAGCCGAGGCAGUCGCAAUUUGGGCCAAAGCUUUAUUCGAUGUUUUUGAAGAGGAACUGUGUGAAUGAUUUAUAGUUGAGAUACAUAAAUAA